GCAACUAAUUAUAAAAUUUCUGCUCAUUUACUGGUCAUCAGUUUUGCUAAGCUCUUUUUAAGCUUUUAAUUACCAUGAAUAUAUAUAAGCCUUUCAAAAAUGAGACUAACGAGCAAACAUCUAAGAACUUAUUUAAACUUUAUAGCGGCAUAAACAUGCUCUAAAAUUGAACUUGUUGAUAUUUGCAAAAUCUUCAACAGAAAAGCAUAAUUACCACGUUUUAUAACUUCUUUGAUGUGCAAAAUUUUCUCCCGAUCCGAUUCUUUGUUGCAGGAAGAUUAUUGAGAGAUUUAUAGCGGAAAGCCACAACCUUUUACAAUUUCAACUUCUAAACGACCUUUUCGGUAAAAGACUGAUAAUAAACCAUUGACAUAUAUAUAUUUUUUUUUCAUUUCAUCGCUAAUAGAUGUACAAGGAAUGAAUCUGUUGAGGAUAAAUGAAACACCAGGAAUCGGAAUAAAUUCACGAACACUAUUCAUCGGACGUUGACCACUUGCUCAAUCUUAUGUUGGCUGUUGCAAUAAAAAAGAACUUACAUUUGAAAAGAAAAGGAGUAAAUUCAUUUUGAGAAGUAACUCGGUUUCACAUCAAAGUUAUAGCAAUUUGAUUUAAUUUACGUUACCAGCAAGAAAUAAGUACCGUAUCAUAUUUCCUUUCUUCUAAAUAAAUCUUAAUUUUAACCACAUUUCUACGUUAACAGAGAUCAAGAUACAUCGCAAAUGUGGCUUUCAAAUAAAGAAGUCGAUAAAAAAAAAUCAAGCAUUAUUUUCUUUUGAAAAAAGACAUUGAAGCGACGCUUCUAGAUGACGGUUUUUAAAACAUACUUCUAAACAAGCAAACUUUUAUUUUUGUGUAGCAACAACGCUUUUCAAAUAGUUUCUGUAAACAAGGCUUGAACCGCAUAACAAUAACUGUGUCACACUAUGCAAAUCUAAUCGAUGUAUAUCCAUUGAUUUUUAAAAAUUCAAUCGAAAACUUGUACCUUUGAUCUGGAAACCCACGCAAAAUAUUAUUUGAAGUCCCUGUCAACAUAUUAUUUACUAUCAAUAAUACACUCGAAUAUAAAAUUGCUGUCUGUAAUUCAGUAAUAUACAACCAAUAAUAUCGAUUAUAUAUUCAUCAUAUAAUAAUAAUAAUAAUAAUACUAAACCUAACGUAAAUAGCACUGGAGGUAUCAAUGAAAGCUUGCAUCAUUUGACUUAUCUCCCUUAGUUUUUGUUUUAGCAACGAAGUUGCUAUGACAGAAUUUCCUACGCGAUAUCUUGUCAUGGCAGAAGAAAGUAUUAUCACCGAAGACCAUUCAGCACAGUCUCUUAUAAGUGCUUACUUGGAAUAUCGCCGUGUUGUAGGUGAGGAUGACUAUGGUAAGCUAUUGACCCCGGAGGAAUAUGAAAAGUAUAAACAGAAUGUGCUGCCUCUGCGUUUGAAAAAUCGACUAUUCACCUGUUGGGUGAAUCCAAAUAACAUGGAUUGUAAACUGGUUGGGCCUGAGACGAUGUGUUUUUGCCAACAUAGAUAUAAGCAACACAAAACGGAUUUUGAGACCAUUCCAACUACAAGACCUAUCUUGCUUCCAUGCCGUGUUAAUGGUUGCUUAUGUCAGUCAUUCCACUACGUCUAUUCUACUGGGAGCAAUUUUCUCAGGUGCCAUUGUAAACAUCCAGUUGAAGAACAUUCAGCACUCCAUCCGUUCAAGUGCAGGAAAGAAACUUGUUGCAAGUGUUUUGGUUUCCAAAACUCUACAACUUGUGGUUGCGGCUAUCCAAUAAAUAUGCAUCAAACAGUGAUUGAAACUCAGAAGGAGAGAGAAGAAAGAGGCCACCCGACUGGGCAACCGACUUCUUAUGCUGCUAUGGGUGGAAUCACAGGUUUCUCUUCUUUGCUUGAUGGUUACAUGAGAUUGGAUGACAGUGGAGUUGGAGCUCCAGGCGAAGAAUUUUUGUCUCAACCCAUUAUAACAUCUGAUGACCCUUUCCUCCGAUCUCAGCUUAGUUCUUUAAAAACUCUUGGUUCUGGUCUUUCAGCGAAAGAAGUAGAAAUGCUUGAAUCUUCUCUUCGGCGACCAGGAGAAAAAGAUAUGGAAUAUUUUGAACGUCGGUAUCAGGAACGACUUAAAGAGAAGAAUACUGCUCUGCCAAAUCUUGCACUGCCAAGUACUUCACAAGAUACUUCAAAAAAGUAUAAAAGAACUACUUCAAAUAAAUAAAAUCUUCGAUUGUAAAAUGCUGCAUAUAUUCCUAUGAAUUCUACAUUCUUUGUAAAUACAAUCUGAACAACUCCCAUGGUCCUAUGUAGCCACACCAAGAGAAAACAGUUUUAUGCCAAGAUUUAAAAUUUUUAAAAACUUAAGCUCAUUUUGUUGAUGGAAAUUUUUCAAACCAAAUACAGUUGGUUCUGCUUAAUUACCUAUUGGAUAAUUUCAUAAUUUGGUUAAUUGCAUCACUUUUCCACACACACAACUUCUGAGUCUCAAAUCUUUAUAAAAUUUGUCAAUUAAUUGCAUAUGUAAAUUCAUCAACUUUGCUUAAUUGCAUAAUCUGGUCUGUGACUUUUAGUAAAAAUUGACAAAAUCUAACAUAAGACUGAACAUUUUGAUUUGGUACAGAAGAAAGUCAUUUUGGAAGCUUCCAAUUUCAUAAUGAGUUCAAAUCACAGCCAAUACUUCAUGCUUGCAAUCAACUGGUGCCAAAAGAAUCAAAUGUAUUCAAAUUAUUUUUAUCAUUUCAAUAAAUAUAAUACAAUCAAA